UCACAGCGCCAGGUGGUCUUGAUCCAGGCUCACGGUCCUUCUAAGCCCUUUUCAAUCACAAGGGUUAAGGAGCACUGUCGCAAGUAUUUGAAAGACGCGGUAAAAUGUCUUUCUGAUUGAUUGAAUGAUUCCAUGGUGCCUGGCCGAUUGCACAACAUGCCAAGCCUCUGCCUGCUCGGAUUGAUUCGAUUCGAGUGGUGUGGAUUGAGAUCCAAUCAAUCCAAUCAUUCCACUUUGGCUGGUAUAGAGCUAGAGUACAGCGUAGGUGGGUUGGCUGAUUGACUACCUGGAACUAAUUAUCCACUACACACUGUAUUUGCUAUGGACAUGGACUGAAGAAGACUGUGACGAGGCAAGGGCUAAAAACACAUCAACUCUUCUGGUGAUCUGAUCAAUAAGCUCAUCAGAAGGAAGAAUGGUCAUGGCGCUGUUGUGAAACCCAACAACCCAACAGCCUUCCUCUGGGUUUAGAUCUUCCUAUUAAUAGCUACCGGUACCGGUACCGGUACGGCUAUGGUCACACCCCAUCCAAUAUUUACCCCAUCCUCAUUACAUGAAAAUACAACCACGAAAGAAAGCUCCACGAUUAAAAUCGUGCAAGUUCAGGAACGACGGUCAAAGACUCGUCACUCAUGACGUGGCUUGUACGAAGGACCAAUCACUGCUGCGCGACAAUCGCGCACAAAAGAUCUUUCCUGCGAACCCCAUCUCUCCUUCCUUCUUUGCUGAUCCAAGGCAUUUUCUUUCAUUUUCUUUCCUUGGCCAUCUUUCUCACUUCAUCCAACCAUCCAAUCCCAAACCAAAAAAAGGAUUGCAACCACUAUAUUAGUCUAGUCAAAACUCAAGAUGGCUCUUCAAUUAGGACUUCGACGAAGUCUUGCUGCUUCCCCAUUUACAAGAAUUUCUCAACACAAUGCUGCUGGAUCUUUUGGUACCUCUUCUUCCGACGUUUUGAGGCGUUUUAAAUCGACGGAUGUGGGAGAUGUGAUUGGGAUUGAUCUAGGUACCACAAACUCCUGUGUGGCCAUCAUGGAAGGUCGAAAUGCUCGUGUGAUUGAAAACUCGGAGGGUGCCCGUACAACUCCCUCUGUCGUUGCCUUCACCGGUGAUGGCGAACGUCUCGUGGGUAUGGCUGCCAAGCGUCAAGCAGUUACCAACCCCGAAAAUACUCUCUACGCUGUCAAGCGUCUUAUUGGACGUAGAUUUGGUGAUAAGGAAGUCAAAAGUAUUUCUGGAUUGGUCCCUUACGAGAUUGUAAAGAGUGACAACAAUGACGAUGCAUGGGUCCAAGCCCAAGGAGCCAAAUACAGUCCCUCGCAGAUUGGUUCCAUGGUUCUUGGAAAAAUGAAGGAAACUGCCGAAGGAUUCUUGGGCAGAGAUGUCUCCAAGGCUGUUGUCACCGUCCCAGCCUAUUUCAAUGAUAGUCAGCGUCAAGCUACCAAGGAUGCUGGACAAAUUGCCGGAUUGGAUGUUCUUCGUAUCAUUAACGAACCCACUGCUGCCUCCCUCGCCUACGGUAUGGAUAAAGCUGACGGAAAAACCAUCGCGGUGUUUGAUUUGGGUGGCGGUACUUUUGAUGUCUCUGUUUUGGAAAUUCAGGGAGGUGUGUUUGAAGUCAAGGCUACCAAUGGAGAUACCAUGUUGGGAGGAGAAGAUUUCGAUGAAGAACUAUUGGAAUUCCUUUUGGGGGAUUUCAAAAAGGAAAGUGGAAUUGAUUUGGGCAAUGACAAACUCGCCAUGCAACGUCUGAGGGAGGCUGCGGAAAAGGCAAAGCGUGAACUCGAUGGAUUGGCCCAAACGGACGUAUCACUUCCAUUUAUCACUGCCGAUGCAUCUGGACCCAAGCACUUGAAUGUCAAGGUUUCUCGUUCUCAAUUCGAGAACAUGGUUCAAAAGUUGGUUGACCGAACCAUUGAUCCCUGCAAGAACUGCAUCAAGGACGCCGAUGUCAGCAAGUCCGAGAUUCACGAAGUCAUCCUUGUUGGAGGUAUGACACGAAUGCCAAAAGUCCAAUCCACCGUCGAGGAGUUCUUUGGAAAAACUCCAUCUCGUGGUGUCAACCCUGAUGAGGUCGUGGCCAUGGGAGCAGCCAUCCAAGGAGGUGUCUUGAAGGGUGAUGUCAAGGAUAUUCUUUUGUUGGAUGUUACUCCUCUUUCUCUCGGUAUUGAAACACUUGGAGGAGUCAUGACUAAACUCAUUCCACGCAACACAACCAUUCCCACCAAGAAGCAACAAACAUUCUCCACUGCUGCUGAUAACCAACCACAAGUGCAAAUUAAGGUCAUGCAAGGAGAACGUGAAAUGGCAGCCGACAACAAGAUGCUUGGAGAAUUUGAUUUGGUCGGAAUUCCUCCCGCGCCUCGUGGAAUGCCACAAAUUGAGGUCUCCUUUGAUAUUGAUGCAGAUGGUAUCCUCAACGUUAGCGCCAAGGAUAAGGGAACUGGAAAGGAGCAAAAUAUUGUCAUCAAGUCCAGUGGAGGUCUCUCUGACGACGAUAUUGAGAAGAUGGUGCGAGAUGCAGAAGCCAAUGCGGAAGCAGAUGCACGAAAGCGACAAGUUAUUGAAGCGAGAAACGAGAUUGACUCUCUCAUCUACUCGACGGGGAAGAGUGUGACAGACAACGCUGAAAAGCUUGAUGCUGACACCAAGGCUGAAAUCGAAAAAGCAAUUUCAGAGGCUAAGGAGGUCAAGGACGGUGAUGACUUGGAGGCUAUCAACGCUAAGAAGGAUGCCCUCAACCAGGCUGCACUAAAGAUCGGUCAAGCAGUCUAUGGCCAACAGCAAGGUGAAGGAGGCGAAGAAGAGAAGAAGGAUGACAACACUGUAGACGCUGACUUCACCGAGAAGAAGGAAGGGGAUGACAAGGACGAGAAGAAGGACGACAAAAAGGACGACAAGUAAAUAACCAAUUGUAAAUUCAUCUAUUAAUGCCAGCGCCUACCCUGUAGACGUCUGGUGCAUUCGGGUAUUGAGUGGCUGGGCGAUUUGUGCCAAGCAUGGGGCGA